CGCUUGUCCUGUCCUCGCUUUCUUCCUCCAGGUCCAUGAUACUCAAUUCGUUCAGCUCACCGAGUCCAGCAACCACACACCAUGGUAGGAACAAGGGCCCAACAGGAAAAGGCGAAACGGGAGAAACGGGAGAAGAUGGAAGCCAAACUUGUUGCCUACAAGGCCCUGGAGAACGCGGAAGGGAAGAAAACUUCAGCGAAGCAAGCUAAGCCACCUCCACCACCGGCUCCUCCCGCUCAAGAUGACACUGUACCAAGUCCCACAUCCUCUGAGGGACCAGACUUCACGCCGCCUAAGAAUAUUUCUUCGAGCGCGAUUGCUGCGGCUAGACAACAGGAAUAUCGGGCCACUCCGCGUGGCUAUCUCAACACCGACGGGGAAAAGUGCUACCGCAAUGCCCUUGUCGUCUUCCUGUUGUCCAGCGGACGGCUCAUGUCUUGGAUCGAGAAUCGGUAUAUACCGAUGCUUCGAGCAGCAGGUGUAACAAUCAAAACAAAUGUUGGUGAAGUACUGGAAAAACUCGACCACCCGGACAAGCCUGCAUCGAGGAAGUCCAGGAAGAAAGACGACACUAUAUACACCGAUGUUUGGUGUGAACUCAAGGACUUGCACUCAUUGAAUGUGCGCCCCACGGAUCAAGUCGAGAAGAGGGACAAAAACUCGGCAAUGGACAAAUUCUGGAAGUGGCUGAGAGAACAAAGUGACCAAGAAGAAGAUGGAGUAUGGGAAGGAAAGUUCAGAGGGUUUCAGGAUUGCCACGAGCUCUUGUUCUGGUGGCUGAAGUUGAAUGCAAGAUUACUUGGGGAGCAUAUUGAAUAUCUCUUGUCUGAUCAAACCGAUCGAAGAAUGACGGCUGCUCGUCGCAAACUACUAGAGACUGGCGUGGACGAGAUCACCACAGAGAUUAUGACAAUAUCCAAUACGGUGCGGAAGGUGUGUGUGGAAUGCGGAGAUUCACGAGGUGUUGAAACCCGCCUUGAAAAAACGACCAGUGAACCAUACCUGUCAAUCCACUUGGAUUACAAGGCCGGCAAAGAGCAACAGAAACCACGAGACAUGCAGCAGCUGAUUGAGGAUGACUUGAAGCGGAUGACAAGAGGUUACCGGUGUCCAAACUGCUAUGAGAAGCUUGAAGAUAUGAAACGCCAGGCGCUGGAUGCUGCAAAAGCUUUUGGCAAGGAAGCAGUCGAGAAGGCGAGAAGAAAGAUCGCACCGAAGUUUGACUCGAAAAAGGAAGCUCAUGAACGCCUCCGUCUAUACACACUACCAGAGGUUCUCAUCGUGCACCUCCUUCGAUUUUCGAGAGUCACCAACAAAGAAGGGGAGGAAUUUACCACAAAGAACCAUGAGAAAGUCAAGUUCGCGGAAGUCCUUGACCUCGAUCCCUACAUGGAGAAACGUAUUCCGAAACGUUCGUCCACGAAGUACCGGCUCAUGGGCGUUAUCUUCCACAGCGGGAAGUCAAUUGAGAAAGACGGCCACUUUUUCACCUUUGUCCGUACUGGACUUGAUUGGUACGAAGUGAGCGACACGCGUGUAGACAACAGCAGUUUCAGCUUCAUCGACAAUCCGCCUUAUUUGAGAACAUGUAGUCCCUACAUGUUCAUCUAUGAUAGAAUCAAAGAUGACGACGACAACUCCAAAAGUUAUGCCGGCAUCCAGAAAGACGAUGCAGCCAUAAGGGCGAAAGAGAAGACUGCGAAAGAAAAGGCCGAAGUUGAAAAGGCUGCCGCUAAGGAUAAGGCUGAGCGUGACAAUGUUGCGACUCGGAAGGCUGCUGAGAAAACUGCCGCUCCGAAGCGUGCACCUCAGAAGGCCGCUGUUCAGAAGGGUGCUGCUAAGCCUGCCGCCAAGAAUGAUGCCAGUCGGAAGGGCGUCACUGGAAACGGGGUGACCGGGAAGGAGGUUGUGAAGGCCGUCUCUCCUGAGAAGACCACCACGAAGAAGUCCACUGUCGGCAAGAGUCCUCCAAGGAGGGUCAGUCCUCGAGGGGCAGCGUCGAAGAAGAACACCCCUGAAAAGUCUCCUUCGAGAGGGGUCAGCCCCAGACUGGCAACGCCCGAGAAAGCCACUGACGGCAAAGAUGCUGCCGACGCAGACGCCCAGCACAAGGAGGCCGACACCGAGAACGCCGAUGUUGAGGACGGAAAUCCUGAAGAGGCCAACGACGACGACGACGACGACGACGACGACGUUGAGGAUGGAAACCCUGAAGAGGCCAAUGACAACGACGACGAUGCUGAGAGUUCAAACGCGGGGGAUACCCCCAGCGAGGUAUCAUCCAUCAAGUCGGACGAAAAUUUUCCCAUGGGUGACCUCCCUACAAUUCGUGCGCCGGGUCAGAAGCGGACUCAAUACUUGCAGAUUGCCAACUUUAAGGGUGGUCCCCGUCCAGAUCAAUGGGCCAUCAACGUGAAAGCGAGUAUCAAUGGAUACGCGAUCAAGUGGCCCACAUACAGAUUCAAGCCCUGGUUCAGUAUGCAGCGGAUGUCAGGAUAUAAUGCUGACCUUCAAAUGGACGUGACUGAUGGCGAGGGUCGAAGCGUGAAGGUAGCUGGAGACGCGGAGGUCAAGCUCGUGCAGCCAUCGACGACGCGCAAACGCAAGAGUGACGACAUUGAUGCUGACACCAGUCCGACCGACAACAACGACGAUGACUGGAUGAAUAAGACUAUCAAUGGAGGUGAAAAGGACUAUGAGACUACGCCGGAGGGCAGUAGCGAGAAUUCUCUGUUCAAUAGCCCUCAGCCGGAUGGGCCUAGGCGAUCGAAGAGGAAGAAGAAUUAGGGAUUAGGAAUGUGGAAAUCAGGCAUUAAUCGAUGUGACUGAGCGACGGGGGAGACGAGGAUGCUCAGAAAUGGGGGCAAAGACUGUCGCACCAAUAUCACUGGUUGGCGUUGGGACUGGGUUCAUCUCUAUUUGAUUCACGCUGUUCUCUUUGUGCAUGGUAUGCGAGAAGUGAUGGG